ACAGACAGACACUGAGACAGAGAGAGAGACACAGAGAGAGACACAGACAUACGGACAGACACAGAGAGAGAGAGAGAGAGAGAGAGACACACAGAGAGACACUGAGACACAGACAGACAGAGAGAGAGAGAGAGACAGACAGAGACACACAGAGACCGAGACACCGAGACAGACACUCAGACACAGACGCGGCCUCAGCCGGAGCGAUGGCCGCGGAGCUGUGUUCCCGGAUGGUCCAGGACGUGGCCACCUCGUCCAACUGCCGACACUUCCAGCUCCGGCACCUGCACCUGGAGCUGCGGGUGGACCUGGAGGGGAAGCGGCUGGAGGGCGAGGUGCGGCUGGAGCUCGGCUGUCUGCUGGGCUGCCCUGAGCUCCGGCUGGACACCCACCCCAGCCUGACCGUCCUCCCGGGGGUGUCCGCCCGGCUGCCGGGCUCUGCCCAGCCCGUGCCCCUCCAGCACCGGACGCUCCCCUUCACCGGCUACGGCUCCACCCUGGAGGUGACCUUCCCCACCCCCUGUCUCCCCGGGGACCAGCUGCAGGUCACUGUCCGCUACACCGCCACCGACGGCCCCGGGGUUGUUUGGCUGGACCCUGAGCAGACGGCAGGGAAGAAGAAGCCGUAUCUUUUCACCCAAGGACAGGCCGUUUGCAACAGGUCCUUCUUCCCUUGCUUUGAUACGCCUGCUGUUAAGAGCACCUACUCUGCUUCCGUUAAGGUUCCCGAAGGAUUUACCGCUGUCAUGAGCGCAACUGAAUGGGAGCACGAUGCAAAGGAAAACACGUUCCAUUUCAAAAUGCAUCAGCCCGUUCCCUCUUAUCUGAUUGCUUUAGCUGUUGGUGAUAUUGUGUCUGCAGAGGUUGGGCCGAGGAGCCGAGUCUGGACGGAACCCUGCCUGUUACAUCUUGCGAAGGAGGAGUACGAUGGUGUGAUUGAGGAAUUCUUGACCGUUGGCGAGAAGCUGUUUGGACCGUAUGUCUGGGGAAGGUACGACAUCCUCUUCAUGCCUCCGUCUUUCCCUUACGGUGGGAUGGAGAAUCCCUGCCUCACUUUCCUGACUCCGUGUUUACUGGUCGGUGACCGCUCACUGGCCAACGUCAUCAUCCACGAGAUUUCUCACAGCUGGUUUGGGAACCUGGUCACAAAUGCCAACUGGGGGGACUUUUGGCUCAAUGAGGGUUUUACGAUGUACGCUCAGCGGAGAAUUACCACCGAAAUAUACGGGGCAGCGUACACUAGCCUUGAGGCUGCCACAGGGAGAGCUCUUCUCCGUCAACAUAUGAAUAAUACUGGGGAGGAUCACCCACUCAACAAACUCAAGGUCAAAAUUGAACCGGGUAUUGAUCCUGAUGACACGUACAACGAAACUCCCUAUGAGAAGGGCUACUGUUUUGUAUCAUAUCUAGCUCAUCUCGUGGGCGAUCAGAGCAGAUUUGAUGCUUUCCUUCAGGCGUAUGUAAACAAGUUCAAGUUUCAAAGCAUUGUAGCAGAAGAUGCUUUGAGUUUUUAUUUAGAUUAUUUCCCAGAGUUGAAGGAAAAGGAUGUUGCGAAAAGACCAGGAUAUGAAUUUGAUUGCUGGCUGAACAAGCCUGGAUGGCCACCUUAUCUCCCAGAUCUUUCACCUGGCCUUACUCUGAUGAAACCGGCUGAAACCUUGGCAUCUCUCUGGGCAGCUGAAGAUCUGAAUAGUGAUGCUAUUAAAGAUAUUGAUCUCUCCUCUUGGAAGACCUACCAGAUUGUGCACUUCCUUGAUAAAGUGGUGGAAAUAUCUCCUCUGCCUCGAGGAAACUUGGCAAAGCUGUCUGACACGUACCCAAAGAUAUCUCAGGCUAAGAAUGCUGAACUGCGUCUUCGUUGGGCGCAGAUUGUUGUGAAAAAUAACUUCGAGCCAGGUUUUGAGGAACUCAGAAAUUUCCUCCACAGUCAGGGAAAGCAAAAGUACACUCUUCCUGUUUACCGAGCCAUGUGGGGUGGAACUGACACGACUCGUAAACUGGCACAGGAGAUCUUCACAGCUACAAAGAACCAACUCCAUUCAAAUGUGCAGAAUUAUGUGAAAAGAAUUUUGGUCUGAACUGGAUCCACUCAGCACCAAACACAAUUCCUAACGCUCAGGAUAGAGUGAAUGUUGAUUUUCGGCUUGCCAGGCGUUUUCGAAUUAUUCUUGUACAAAGUUAGAAUAUUUGUUUUCAGUUGUGAAGGUGAUCAAUGCUCUGCAAUUUGUAAGCAAUGUUUAUAAAACUUUCAUUCACUUUU